AAAACAGAAGAUGUGCGUUUAUCCACACUUUGGUCGUACUGGGAGACUGAGAAACAAAAAGUUCUCCAGAUUUUGCUCUCCUCUGUUCAACAAAAUGUCUGGGACGCAAGGAGGUCUAGGGGAGGUCGAGGAUGUGACGCCGGAAAUCCAAACUAUGUGUGAUGAGGUGAAAGCCGCUGUUGAAGAGAAGGUAGGAAAGAAGUAUGACGUCUACACUGCCAAGAAGUACAAGAACCAAAUAGUGGCAGGGACAAAUUACUUCAUUAAGGUUCAUGUUGGAGGAGACGACUACAUCCACAUCCGUUUGUUUGAGAUGCUUCCCGUACAUGGCAACAAGAGGGAGCUGCACAGUAUCCACACCUCCAAAACUGAAUCUGAUGAGAUUGUUUACUUUUAGAACACACACACACACACACACACACACACACACACCACACACACACAAACAUACAAAUUAAAAUGUUUCUCAAAAUAAAACAAAGAUGCUGAAAUGUGAAAACAUCAUUAUUUAGGUCUGUAUUUGUAACAUUCUGCCAUUUCUUUGUUUAGAACUCUGAGGUCAUCCAGUGUCAUUUUAUACACAUUUGUAUAACUAUACUGACUAAUAGGUCACUGAAAGAUACUUUAGGGUUAAAUUGGCACAAUACAUCUGAUGCAUUGAGGGUAUGAGUAUGACCUUAACUUACAGUGGUGGUGAAUGAUUCUUGUUUGGUUAAAUGUUACAUCUGCAGUGUCAAAGAUGCACUGUAGGAAUAGACCAACUCCUUGACUAAACCAAUGUCCUACAGAAGAGGGGUUCAUAAUCACAUCUGCUUUAAUUUAAAUGGAUCUCUGUGUGUGCCCAUUGCCCCCAGUAUUUAUUUGAAUGAUGAAUAUUCUCAUAAACGAAUAAAACAUUUGUGAUUUAAGUGA